AUGGGAAAUACAACUAGUGUGGCGGGCAGGGAAUGUCUCGUCUCUGCUGUCGAAGGCAAUUCGGCGCUUUUGGCCUUUCCAGACGACCCUUUAUACCAAGUCACAGCUGUGCACCCCUACAACCUCAACUAUCCCGUCACUCCGAUAGCCGUCACGUAUCCCGAAACAUCAGAGCAGGUCGCUGCUAUCUUGAAAUGUGCGAGCGAGCAUGGCUACAAAGUCCAGGGUCGGAGUGGAGGGCACAAUUAUGCGAAUUUUGGGCUGGGAGGAGAUGACGGGGCUGUGGUCGUCGACGUUAAGAAUUUCCAGCAAUUCGACAUGGAUGAGAACACCCAUGUCGCAACCAUUGGCGCCGGUACCCGUCUCCGGGACAUCGAUACACGCCUGUACAACGCAGGUGGCCGAGCUAUGUCGCACGGAGUGUGUCCAGACCUGGGGGCCGGCGGUCACUUCACUAUCGGGGGAAGUGGACCCACAGCACGACAAUGGGGACUUGCCGUGGACCAUAUCCUCGAGGUGGAAAUGGUGUUAGCGGAUUCCCAGAUCGUGCGGGCGUCCGAGACUGAGAAUCCAGAUCUCUUCUUCGCCGUGCGGGGCGCCGCUGCGAGUUUUGGCAUCAUAACUGAGUUCAAAGUGAGCACGGAACCAGCGCAAGACCGUGCCGUCCAGUAUUCUUUCACCUUCAAUCUUGGUAGCACCGCUGAAAAGGCACAGUUGUUCAAAGAUUGGCAGGCCUUGAUCUCAGACCCUGACUUGACCCCUAAGCUCUAUUCCACGCUCACGGUGCUUCCGGAAUCCAUUCUUCUUACCGGGGUGUUCUUUGGAUCCAGGAAGGAGUACGAAGCUUUCGGUCUGGAGGAUCGCUUUCCAAUUCAGAACCCGGGAAAUGUGGUCGUUCUGACUAACUGGCUAGGAAUGGUAGGCAACGCAUUCCAGGGUCUCGUUCUCAACGUGGGGAAUAACUUGCCUAUGAGCUUCGUAGACCGAGGAACCGGAUUUACGCGCGAGACCCUGCUCUCAUCGUCCGGGGUUGACGAGCUCUUCGAGUACCUCCAUAAUGCCGACAAGGGCACCCCGGUCUGGUUUGUCACUUUUCUCCAGUCUGGCGGUGCGAUCAGCAAGACUCCUAAGGAUGCUACGGCGUAUCCACACCGCGAUGUGCUCAUUUGGAUGGAGAGUCUGGCUAGUACAUUGGUGUUUCCGGUUCCCCAGACACCUCGCGACUUCCUGGACGGCCUAAUGAACACUACCUCUCGGGUCCUGAGCAAACCGGUCGCUGAUUUGCCGGUGUAUCCGGGAUUCGUGGACCCGGAACUGCCGGAUCCUCAGCGUGCCUACUGGGGGGAUAAUCUGCCCCGGUUAGAACGUAUAAAGGCGGCGGUCGACCCGAAGGAUUUGUUUCAUAAUCCUCAGAGUGUGCGUGGAAGACAAUGA